UCAGGCUGUGUGGUGACAGGUACAGCAGGGUGUAUGUGGUGGGCUGCUGCCCAUACACAGCGGAGUGCCUUCCACAGACCUAGCCCAGCAUCAGCUGUGGAUUGUAAGCUGCCUGCCCCAUCACUUGGACCAUGAUUAUACAAUAAAUAUGAAAAAAAAACAUUUUUCAUCAGACAUUUAAUAAUCCUGCCUUCUGCUCAACAAGGAUCUUUCAGUUGCUCAUACGCUCACAUAUAACCCCAAGUUAGAUCUGAAGGGACAUUAAUGGAUAACUGGAACUCUAUCAUAGUCUUCAAAGUCUUCUGCUAGGAGAGCUUCCUUUUGGCAAGAUGGAGAAAACGUAUUCCCUGACUGCUCACUACGAUGAGUUCCAGGAAGUCAAGUAUGUCAGUAAAUACAACAGCAGUAGCACCCUCUCCAAUGGGUUCAACAUCCAGGUUAAUCCCAAAAAGCAAGCAAAGACCAUUCCUCGCUGGAGCAGAAGGGAGACCUGCCUACUAUCUGGACUAGUCUUUGCCGCAGGACUAUGCAUCAUAUUGGGGUGCAUGUUGGUGCUAAAAUAUUUGUCACUGGAACAAGAUGGGCAAUGUCUGGACGGGUGUCAAGAAAGAAAAGCUUUCAUGAGGGCUUCCAAAUUUAUUAGCAACAAUAUAGACCCCACAAUAUCUCCCUGCAAUGACUUCUACUCCUUUGCCUGUGGGGGAUGGAUGAAAAAACAUAGGAUCCCAACAGACAAGCUCAUCUAUGGCACGAUUGCUGCUAUAGGUGAACAUAAUGAGGAGAAGCUGCAGCACUUGCUCCUACAACCUGUGCGAAGAAAGCACAGACAUUCUGCGGAAAGGAAAGCAAAGGAGUUCUUCAGAUCUUGCCUCAACAUGAGAGACAUUGACCGCCUGGGUGCCAAGCCCAUGCUGCAGGUUAUCGAGGACUGUGGAGGUUGGGACUUGCCAGAGAACCCAAGAACUAGGUGGGACUUUAAUGAACUUCUAUAUAAAACCCAAGGAAUCUACAGCACAGCAGCAUUCUUCUCGAUGACCGUCAACUUAGAUGACAAGAAUGCCUCCAGAUAUGUCAUCAGGAUUGAUCAGGAUGGUCUGACUCUGUCCGAGAGAACUCUGUAUCUAGGACAGGAUGAGGACAGUGAGAAGAUCUUGGCUGCCUAUAAAGUUUUCAUGCAGAAGAUUCUCUCCCUUCUGGGUGCAGAAAAUGUGCAAAAGAAGGUGCAAGAAAUUCUGCACUUGGAACAACGGCUGGCCAACAUCACUAUUUCAGAAUAUGAUGAUUACAGACGUGACAUCAACGCCAUGUACACUAAAGUCACCUUAUCGCAGUUGCAGAAGAUAACCCCACAUUUGAGAUGGAAACGUCUUCUUGACAGGAUAUUCCACGAGAAUUUCUCAGAGGAUGAAGAGAUAGUAGUGUUGGCCACGGAUUAUAUGCAGAAGGUGUCUGAGCUGAUCCGCUCCACCCCAGCAAGUGUUCUCCACAACUACAUGCUUUGGAGAAUAGUGGUGAUGCUGAGUGAACAUCUUUCCAGUCCCUUCCGAGAUGCUAUCCAUGAGUUAACUAGAGAAAUGGAAGGUUCUGAGAAGGAGCUGGAAUUGGGAAAGGUGUGUCUGACUCAGGCCAAUAAACACUUUGGGAUGGCCCUGGGAGCUCUCUUUGUGGAGGAGUAUUUUUCUUCAUCCAGCAAGGAAAAGGUGCAGCAGCUAGUUGAAGACAUAACACACAUACUGGAGCAGAGACUGGAAGAACUGGACUGGAUGGACUUAGAAACAAAAAAAGCCGCAAGAACAAAGCUGAAACAUAUGAUGGUAAUGAUUGGUUACCCUGACUUUCUCCUGAAGCCUGAUGCCCUGGACAAAGAAUAUGAGUUUGAUGUCCACGAGAAGACCUAUUUUCAAAACAUUUUAAACAGCAUUAGGUACAGCAUCCAACUAUCUGUGAAAAAGAUCCGUCAAGAAGUGGAAAAAUCAGCGUGGCUGCUUCCUCCACAGGCUCUAAAUGCAUAUUAUCUUCCUAACAAAAACCAGAUGGUGUUCCCUGCAGGCAUACUACAGCCAACACUCUAUGAUCCAGACUUCCCACAAUCAUUAAAUUUUGGAGGAAUUGGCACCAUCAUUGGACAUGAGCUAACACAUGGGUAUGAUGAUUUGGGAGGACAAUAUGAUUCUUUUGGAAAUCUCGCUUACUGGUGGACAGACAACUCCUUCAGCAAAUUUAUGAAGAAAGCAGAAUGUGUUAUUGAUCUGUAUGAUAACUUCACAGUGUAUAACCAGCAGGUGAAUGGUAAGCUAACUCUGGGGGAGAAUAUAGCAGACAUGGGUGGCCUUAAACUGGCAUAUUAUGCUUACCAAAAGUGGGUGAGAGAAAAUGGCCCAGAACGUCCUCUACCAAGGUUGAAAUACACUCAUGAUCAGCUAUUCUUCAUUGCAUUUGCACAGAACUGGUGUAUAAAGAGAAGAUCUCAGUCUAUAUACCUACAGGUCCUUGCUGACAAACAUGCUCCAGAACCAUACAGGGUCAUAGGCAGUGUCUCUCAGUUUGAAGAGUUUGGAAGAGUGUUCCACUGUCCCCGAAACUCCCCGAUGAACCCAUCUCACAAGUGCUUUGUGUGGUGACCCUCCGAUAAAUAGCAAGUUGCAUCCAGGUUCUCCCAAUCUACACCCAAACAUCAUGGGCAGCAGGAGAGGAAAGACUGAGUAUAGACUGCACAACAACAGGCUGUACUAAUAGGCCAUGAAAACUCAUACAUGCCAUUACUGUUCCCUUUUAGUCUGAAAAACCUCACUUACUGGACCAUAUCCUAAGCAGACAAUGGGUUUCUGAGGCUUUUCCACAUAUAUAGGAAUGCACUAUACCCCUUAAUCAGAAUAUAGAACAGGCAGAAGGCCUUAACUUGAGAAUCGUCUUUUAGACUAUUCACAACCAAAUUUGAACUGAUUAUGUGUUAAUUUGCACAUUGACUCAUCCUUUUGGUUAUCAUCACCAACUGACAUCAAUGUAAUGCUGGUAUAUAAAGUGAUGUGCAGGAUACGGUGACAUAUUUAAAAGACCCGUAUGAUGUGAUUAAUGGUGUAUGGGAGUUAAAGAUUAUUAACUGGGUUUAGCAUCAUUGCUAUCAAUAAAAUUACAGCACGUAUCAAUGCAACAUGACUUGUAAUGCUUUGCAGAGCUAAAUGA